GUCGAUACCCUGAUAUAUAUAGAGAAUUUAGUAGUGAAAAAUUUGAUUAUUAUGGAAUUAUUGAUAAGUCGAUAUGUCCAGCAUGUAAAUUAAGUCAUAAGGAUGAGAAAAGUAUAAGAGGUAGAUAUGAAGCUGGAUUUUAUUUUAUUAAAUGUGGGCAACAAGAAAUGACU